AUGGCGUCCUUCGUCCUCCUCCUUGGCCUGUGCUAUAUCGCCGUCGCCAACCCAUUAGCCAGCAUCACAGCCGACGUCGAGGCCAACGACCUUGUCACCACCAACGCUCCAGCAGUCAGCGACUAUAUCGGCUGCUACCACGAGGGCACCAUGGGUCGCGCUCUUACUCGUUCGGCCCUUACUCACCCACUCUUGACUGUAGGCGUCUGCCGCGACUUUUGCAGGGGCUACCGAUUUUACGGCCUUGAAUAUGGAGACGAGUGUUACUGUGGAUACCAGCUCCUCAACUCAGCAUAUCAAGUCCCAGAGAGCAGUUGUACUGUCCCUUGCGUUGGCGACCCAACUGAGACCUGCGGCGGAGGCAAUCUGCUUAGUCUCUACAAAUCCAACUUUACGCUCCAGGUGCCCGAGGUCAACUACACUGCACAGGGCUGCUACGCCGAGCCUCAAAAUUCGAGAGCUCUUCACACGGUCCUAAGCUCAGCCAAGAUGACGAGCAACAAGUGUCUAGUCCUCUGCAGCUACAACGGUAACCAGUACGCCGGUCUGCAGUUCGGCACUGAGUGCUGGUGCGGCGACACCCUCGAUCCCGAGGCAAGGCCGACGGACCAGGCCCGGUGCUCAUUUCCUUGUGCCGGGAACUCGUCGGAAACCUGUGGAGGAUCUCUCGCCUUACAGUUGUUUGAGCGGGACUAUGACUGA